AUGAAGAGAGCCAACUGCACAGAGGUAAGAGAGUUUGUUUUCCAAGGUUUCUCCAACUUCCAAGAACACCAGCUUACACUCUUCGUUGUCUUCUUUACCCUGUAUAUCCUGACUCUGGCUGGCAAUAUCAUCAUUGUGACCAUUAUCCGUAUUGACCACCGCCUUCACACCCCCAUAAAGACAAAUGGGAUGUGCAUGUAUUUCUUCUUAAGUGUUCUCUCCACCUCAGAGACUUUCUAUUCUCUGGUCAUCAUCCCACGCAUGCUUGGCAGCCUUGUGGGCCUGAGCCAAUCCAUCUCCCUGGAGUGCUGUGGGACACAGUUAUUUUUUUUCCUUGGCUUUGCAAUCACCAACUGUCUCCUGCUAGCAGUCAUGGGCUAUGAUCGCUAUGUGGCCAUCUGCAACCCACUUCGCUAUAGCAUCAUCAUGAAUUGGAGGGUGUGUAUUAUCCUGGCAUCUUCAGUCUGUGCCACAGGGUUCUUGCUGUCACUAGUUCAGGCCGUGGCCAUAUUCAGGCUGCCCUUUUGCUACUCACUUAUUGAACAUUUCUUCUGUGAUGUCCGACCUAUUUUGGAUCUGGCCUGUGCAGUGCCAAUCUUCAAUGAGAUCUUGACAUUAAUUCUCAGCCUCCUGGCCAUCACAGCCCCUGCCACUUUCCUAUUUGUCUCCUACGUCCUCAUUAUUUCUACAAUUCUCAAGAUUGCCUCAGCUGAAGGCCGGAAAAAAACUUUUGCAACCUGUGCCUCCCACCUCACCGUGGUUGUGAUUCAUUAUGGGUGUGCCUCUAUUGCCUACUUCAAACCCAAGUCAGAGAAUACCAAGGAGCAAGACCAGCUGGUCUCGGUGACUUACACUGUCAUAACACCUCUGCUGAACCCUGUUGUGUAUAGUCUGAGAAACAAAGAAGUCCAGGAUGCUCUGAGGAAAGUGCUGGGUAGGAAAUCCCUAUCAUAG